AUGUCACAUCCAUUUUCGAAUAAUCACAGUGAAAAUAUUGAUGGUGGUGAGGGUGUAACGAGCAAAGGGGAACUCCACAGAACCAAGUUAGUUUCAGGGAUUAAAUGGUCAGAAAAAAAGGGGUUUAAUUAUUCUGCCUUAUCCAUUCCGUCUGUGAUUAAAUAAUUACCCUCAGUAAGCAAAAGAAGAUAGUCUUUGGGGGACUUGACGACGUUCUAGACGGCAAAUCUGUGUGCCAGAUUAGCGAUUAUUUUAAUCGCUAAGAGUUAGAAGUUUCUUUCAUUUAUCUAGUGUGAGUCUCUUUUUGGAACUAAUUCAGCCAUUUCGUCCACUCUUAAGAGGAGCGAUGGGGAACAUGUGAAUGGAUUCUGACACUGCUUUUGCAGCCACUUUAUAAUAAUAAGAAUAAUAAUAAUUGCAUUUAACAUCAGUUUACGGGCAUUUUCAAAGAAAGAUAAAGCAGGGAAAGGUCUAACAGUGGAAAACUAUUGCGGAAGCAGAUGAAGUUGACGGUGUUUUUGAUAGUUUUGAUACUUUAGGGGAAAAAACUGCUGCCCGUAAAAUGACGUCCGUUCAUAAGGGGAUGGUUAAAACUGCAUAUAAUAUUUUCAGUCUCAAUUCCAUGAUAAUGGGAUAAAUCAAACAGAAGCAUUGAAGAACAGUUGUCACUGUCGGCUGAAGAAAGUAUACAUAGUGUUGCGGACCGUAGAUUCAGCACAAUUUCUCACGGGAUGAAACUGGGCAGGGGGACCAGAGACCAUGUGCGUCAUCACUACAGUACAUUAGUUCGGUGGGUUCAGCAACCAAAAAUUUUGAGUUUUUCUAUAUACAAAAUACGAGUAAUACUUCUCAUUAGCUAAGAAUAAUUUUGCGGAAUUUUUACCUUUCUGGGUAAUUUCAAAUACCAGUUUUGCUCACAGAAAACGGACGACGAUAUUUAGCGGUACGUGCUAGAGGAAGAAGUAAAAAGACCCCACGUUGUCCAUUACGUCGGGGGUGGUCAAGAUGUUCUAAAGCGGUGAGUGAAUCAAAGGUACGACUAUAUAAAAGCUUAAAUGGUAAAAAUAGUCCCUUUUGUUAUCGACGAAACCACAAGGGAUCGAAACGUGUGAGCUAACAACGUUCCUGGUAAGUCAAAUUCCGGCGUUCCGAGGUUAAAACUCUCUUGGUAAAAAAAUAUUGAAUGGAUUUUAUUUUCUUCCGCUCAGCAGCACGCACGAGGCUAAACAAAUACGAACGGCAUUUUAGGCCAGGUCUAGCGUUUAUUCUAUAAAGGCACAUUCUAAUGUCGUAAGAUUUAAAAUUUCGGGGGACAAACUCGAUCAUUAUACGCACUUCUGAGACUAUCAGGGGAGAUUGCUUUGAAGGAUUAAGACUCUUGGAAUAUGAUACACCAAGAUCCUUUAUAACUUCUGGCACAUUUAGGUCGUUAGCUUUAGUACUUAGUUGAAGCUGGUGGUCGUCGCCAACCAACACGACUGAGCGUUUAUGCUAAGAAAGAGAAGGGCGCCAUGUGCAGCACCACUGGGCAAGGCCUGUAGGUCGUCCUUUAGGAGUUCGAACACGGUGACGCGAUCUGCCGGUUCAUAUCGAUAAGCAAAUUUCAGACCAUCACAUGCACGAAGGGCUCACCGUCCUGAAAUAAAUCUGGUACAUUGUUAACAAAGAGGCAAAAUAAUAGUGUACCAAAUACACCAUCCUGAAUGACUCCACUCCUCACGAAUGUGGGGUUGGAGAUAACAUUGGAUAUCUUAACCCGUUGCGUGCAAGCACGCAGAUAAGAGGAUAUAAAAUUCAGACGUUGGCCACCUAUUCCGAAAGAGGAAAGUGUUCGGAGACGAAGAGCAUGGCCAAAAUGAUUAAAAGCCUUAGUAAAGUCGAAAUAGACCACGUAGUGUACAAAACCAUUAUCCUCGGAUUGCAGAACAUGAUCGAAGAAAGAGAGCUGUUAGGUGUCAUAAGACCGAGAUUUGAGGAAUCCAUACUGAGAAGCAUUUAGAAUGUAAUACUAUGUUAAUUGAUGCAACAUAUUAUCUUUUAUCAAUGUCUCUAAUAUUUUUGAAACUGCUAGAAGCGUGGUUACCGGCCGAAAGUCACCCAAUUACUUAGAUUGCCAUACCUGGGAGUAGGUAAAAUGUGUGAUUCCUUCUACAGAGUAGGUUAAGUUUCCCCUUUAAGGUUGAGACUAAAUAUCCUGCGCAGGAGAGGCAGGAAGACCUCAUUUUUGUCCGCUUUUUAGAUGCUGACUGGGUCACCAUGUCCAGAGCCAUGAGACUGACUUAAACGCCGAAUCACUACAAUCACUUCCCACAGGGUGAGAGCUAUUGUUUCUAGAACGGCCCCGGUCCAAGCCUAGGUGGUCGGAAGCGGAGUGGUCAAGUUUUUAAUGGACGUUUCCGAUAAGGAAGCAUUAAAAAUAUCAACUGUCAACUUGGCGUCUGCUAUAGGCUUUCCACGAAUGUCUCGGAGGAUGAGAUGCUGCAUUUUUCUUUGGUAAUAGUAAAAGUUGUAUUUAAUGCUAAUUUACGAACAUUGUCAGGGAAUGAUUAGACAUUCAUACUUUUUGAGAAAAAAAAUUCGCUACGCUUAACCAGCAAUUAUUGGUGAAGUAAAAAUCUCCGGCCAGCUGUUUUUUUCGGACAAUCGCUUAGCCUGCCUAGGGGAUACUGACAAAGGCGUGCAAAAUCCACAGAAAAUUAGGUCAAGUGCGCUUGAUCCUCGGGCGGGAAAAUUGACAACCUGAUUUGCAAGCCAAAAUCUACAGCCGCAAUUUUGUCUUUGGGCUUUUGGGACCGAAGGGCAGGAACCAGCAGAUUUCAUGGGGCAUUAAAUUCACACAAGACCAACUGAUAAUCAAAGCUUAAGUCAGCCGCGGCAUGGAACGCCUGUGAAAGGCAACGAUCAAAAUACUCAACGGAUUUGGGUGGGCUAUAGAGACAGCCAGCGAGUCAAGAAUACUCGUUUGGAAGAAGGUGCAAAAUAGUGGAACAGGUAGAACUUGAUUUGAACAUCAUUUUUGAAAUCAAGUGCCGAACUUCGGAUAAGGACUGAGCAAGUCGUGAAAAGAGGUUAGGUAGUUAGGGGAAACGACGUAGUGCCAGGAUAAAAAGAUAAUAGGGUUAGCUGCUAAUUCGUUGAAGACUACACCAAGCGUUCACUUGCUGGCACUCAACUCCCACAUGCUGCUUCCCGAAACUGGGCUCUGCCCAGCGGCCACACCCCGGUCACUUCCUCGACCGGCGGGUCAGACCAAGUGAAGGUAUCCGUCUGCGCUCUGCGAGCACGGUAUUGUGGACUUCGUUAGGUGAUUAGUCGGAUAGAGCUCCGCAUCGGCAACGUCGAGACGAAACUCCGUCUGGUACGUCACUGAUCAUCUGGUUCGAAGAAAAUUCGCACCGGCACCGCCGAGACGAGGCUUCGCCUGGUACGCCGGUGGUCGGCUGAUCUAAUGGAACAUCGCAUCGGCAUUGUCGAGAUAAGGCUGCGUCUGCUGCACGACAGGAAGCCACGAGCCCACGGAGAUGUCGUAGCUCUUCAGGAUAAUUCGGGUCGUCCUUCCACUACACAAAAGACGUGGCCCAUAGUGGAGUGCGGCAGCGCCUGGCACUACCGAGCAGUCUAUUUAGGGAGGCACUGCUUGUCCGCAGGGGGAGGGGCCAGAAAAUGAGCCCUAAAGAUUGCUGGGGAACCACACCGUUUGCAGGCUGAUCGUGGUCACAGACGUUAAUUUCACGGUCGAAAAAAUCAAAAUCGAAACAACAGCAAUACCCUCUUCAUCUAUCUGCCUAUUCUCCUUCUUCUCUUACUCCUUCCCCGCGCCCUACUCGCCAGACUGGCAGGGUGAAUCCACUCACUCUGGCAGCCUGGAUGGUUCGUUCCCUUUUAGACAAUAUGAGGAGCAAUCGACCGGAACUGAGGACGCGCUGGUGGCCCGGGAACUGGCGCGCUACAAGGUGGACAUAGCCGCACUCAGCGAGACCCGGUUCUCUGAACAAGACCAACUGCAGGAGAUAGGUGCCGGCUACACCGUCUUCUGGAUCGGUCGCCCAAAGGCAGAACGACGAGACGCGGGCGUCACCGUCGCCAACCGGAACGACAUCGUGGGAAGACUGCCCUGCUUGCCGCAGAGCAUCAACGAUCGCCUGAUGAGCCUCCGCCUGCCUCUGCGGAGUAGGGGCAAAUUCGCCACCAUCAUCAGCGCCUACGCUCCGCCGAUGACCAGCGCUGACGCCGCAAGAGACAAAUUCUUCGAGGUCCUGCACGCCCUCCUGGCGAUUGUGUCGAAAGCGGACAAGUUGAUUAUCCUUGGUGACUUCAAUGUCCGCGUCGGCACAGACCAUGCUGCCUGGAGAGGAGUGCUGUGCCUCCAUCGUCUCGACGGCUCCAGUGACAAUGGUCUGCUGCUACUCCGCACCUGCGCAGAACACCGCCUCAUCCUUACGAACACCUUCUGUCUGCCGGAGCGAGAGAAGGCCACCUGGAUGCAUCCUCGGUCGCGUCAGUGCACCUGCUGGACUAUGUCCUCGUCCGGAGGCGAGAUCAGCGGGACGUGCUGGUGACAAAAGCGAUCGCGGGUGCCGACGGGUGGACCGGCCAUCGCCCCGUCAUCUCGAAGAUGCGUAUUCGCCUACAACCUCGCAGGUGACCACAAGGUAAGCUACCCCCGGGUAAGCUGAAUAUUGCCUUAUUGUCUUCGCAUGUUCACCAUCUCCGUUUCAGCAAUAAGCUCACUCAACGGCUAGACAAACUUCAGUCGCAGCCACAGCCGACGACGCCGCUGACGAGAACGCCUCCGUGGAGAGCCGAUUGUGUCGACUGCGGAACACGGUCCAGUCGACGGCGCUGACCGUCCUCGGUCGCGCACACCGCCAACACCAAGAGCGGUUCGAUGACAUCGACGCCGCUAUGAGUAACCUAUUCGCCGAGACGAACCACCUGCAUAUAGCCUACGUCGACCGCUGCACCGAUGACAACGGAGCCGCUUUCUACUAUAGUCGUCGCCUCGUUCAAAAGCAACUGCGCGAGAUGCAGGAUGCCUGGACGGCCCACAAGGCUGAGGGGAUCCAAGGGUACGCUGACCGCAACAAAUGGAGGGAUUUCUUCUCCGCAAUCAAAGCUGUCUACGGUCCACCAACCAAAGUCACUGCCCCUCUCCUCAGCGCCGACGGCCGUAACCUUCUUACUGAGAAGACACACAUUCUACAGUCAUGGGCCGAGCACUUCCGAGGUGUUCUCAACCGCCCCUCCACCGUCGCCGGCGCCGCUAUCGACCGUUUGCCGCAAGUGGAGACCAAUGUGGACCUCGAAUCCCCGUCCUCUCUCCAAGAAACCAUCAGAGCCGUGAAGCAGAUCUCCUGA